AUGUUUCAUGUCCGGACAGUGCCAUCCCUGACUCGGACAGGGGGCAAACACUGGCUGUGUCUGCACAGAGGCCGCUCCAGCACCAGCUCCGUGGUGUCGGACUCCGGACAUGAGGACCGCUCUGGUCCUGGUCCCAGCUCCGCGUCUGGAGCUGGCCAGGUUGGUCCGCAGCCGCCUGUCUCCAGCUCUUCAUCCAGUCGCGCUAAUGAGAUCUCCGUAGACUUUGGACAGACCCAGGAGGCUUACAAGAGCAAAGACUCGUUAGAACUGCUUCGAAGUUUGGUGGUUUUCAAACUGUGCUCCUAUGACUUCCUUGUCGACAAGAAUAAAGAGCUCACUGAUUUUGGCAAGAAGAUCCUGGGACAGAGAGCCUUUAACCAGGUGAUGAAAAUGACCUUCUAUGGGCAGUUUGUGGCUGGGGAGGACCAUGCGGCCAUUAAACCUCUCAUCCAGAAGAACCAGGCGUAUGGCGUGGGCUCUGUGUUGGACUACAGCGUUGAGGAAGACAUCAGCUCAGUAGAAGCAGAGCAAAAUCACUCGUGUGUAUCUUCCACAGACACGAGUCUCGGCUACGAUCAUGAAGAGAAACAAUAUCAAGUGCACAAUGAGUUCAGAAACCGUAAUGGCGAAGCAACCGGAACCCCAACAUAUUUCCACACAGAUGAGUCCAAAUGUGACCGCCACAUGGAGACGUUUAUCAAGUGCAUUAAAGCUUCUGGUGGAACAUCCAUGGAUGGAUUUUCUGCCAUCAAAAUGACUGCACUGGGAAGACCUCAAUUUCUGCUGGAGUUUUCUGAGGUGUUGGUUAAGUGGCAUAACUUCUUUAAUUAUCUGGCCUUGAAAGCCAGUGGAGGAGUCUUGGAUCAGAGGAUAGAGCUCACACAACUGCAGGAAACUCUGACCGAGCUGGGCGCCACUGGGGACUAUCACGGCUGGUUUACUGAAAAUAACAAAGGAUCCUCUGGAACCAUCGAUGUAUUGGACUGGAACUGCCUUUUAGGCGACAGAAAAAGUAGUGAAGACCUGCUUGUUGUGCCAAACGUGGAGUUAGGGAAGCUGGAGCCUUUACUGAAGAAUUUCACUGACGAAGAUGAAAAGCAGAUGCAACGGAUUUUACAACGUAUGGACGUAUUAGCCAAGACAGUGAUGCAGUGUGCGGUGGAGAAUGGGGUGCGUUUGAUGGUGGACGCGGAGCAGACCUACUUACAGCCCGCCAUCCGCCGAUUUACUCUGGAAAUGCAAAAGAUCUACAACAAAGAGAAGCCUGUCAUCUUCAACACUUACCAAUGCUACCUCAAGGAUGCCUUCCAAAGCGUGGCGGUGGAUAUGGAUCUGUCCCGGCGGGAGGGCUGGUGUUUUGCCGCCAAGCUGGUGCGUGGGGCCUAUAUGUAUCAGGAGCGAGAGAGAGCCGAGGAGCUGGGAUACGAGGACCCUAUUAACCCCGACUACGAAUCCACCAACCGAAUGUACCACAGUUGCUUGGACUUUGUUUUGGAGGAAAUCGCUCGGAAUGGAGUCGCCAAUGUGAUGGUGGCUUCACAUAAUGAGGACACAGUCAAACACACCUUGAGGCGGAUGAAUGAGCUGGGUCUCAUGCCCAGGGAGAACAAGGUGUACUUUGGACAACUGCUGGGAAUGUGUGAUCAGAUCAGCUUUCCAUUGGGCCAGGCCGGCUUCCCCGUCUACAAGUAUGUUCCUUAUGGGCCAGUGGACGAGGUGAUGCCUUACCUAUCGAGGCGGGCCCAGGAGAACCGUGGCUUCAUGCAGGGGGCCCAUAAAGAGCGCGCACUGCUGUGGAAGGAGCUGAUACGCAGGGUGGGCUCCGGACAGCUCUUCCACAAGCCUGUCUACUGA